AUGUUUUUAAUUAUUGUUUUAUUAUUUUUUGUGUUAGUGUUAUCUGCUAUACUGUACACAAAAUUGACAUUGGGUAUCAAUAAAUGUAGUAAACAUCUUAUCGGUAAAGUAGUUAUUAUAACAGGAGCCAAUACUGGAAUUGGAUAUGAAACUGCUAAGGAUUUGGCCUACAGAGGGGCUCGAGUCAUUUUAGCUUGCCGAAAUGAACAACUCGGCCUGGCAGCUCAGAAAGAUAUCAUCGCAGAAACCGCUAAUCCAAACAUCCAAUACCUUCAACUGGAUUUGGCAUCCUUGAGCUCUGUGAGGAGGUUUGCUGAUAACAUUCUUAAAAAUGAGAAGCAACUUAAUAUACUCAUUAAUAAUGCUGGUAUAAUUGGUAGUAAAUACAGAAAAACUGAAGAUGGUCUUCUACUUGACAUGCAAUCCAAUCAUUUGGGGCCCUUCCUCUUGACUUCUUUAUUGCUUCCAUUAUUAAAGACUUCCGGUGCUAGUCGAAUUAUUAACGUUUCAUCUUUAGGAUAUCAAUUUUCUAAUUUGGAUGUGAAUGACUUGAACAUGGAAAAGGCACCAUACAAUAGCAGAAUAUCGUAUGGUAAUACAAAAUUGUGCAAUAUACUAAUGACAGUGGAAUUAUCUAACCGCUUAAAAGGCACCGCAGUUACUGCGAACUCUUUGCAUCCAGGCGUAGUCGACACUAACAUGGCAAUUGUAGCAAACAACCAAAGUUUAUUGAUGAGAAUAUUUAAUUUAUUAACACCUUAUACUAAAACUAGAUGGGAAGGUGCACAAACAACGAUUUACUUGGCUGUGUCCCCCGAAGUUGAAGGUGUUAGCGGUAAUUAUUAUAGUGAUUGCCGUCAAAUAUCUACUUCUAAGUUGGCUCAAGAUAAGAAUCUUGCUCGUAAAUUGUGGGAAGUGUCAGAAAGAUUAGUAAAAAUUAAUGAUAUAUAG